CAUUUGCGUGGCCUACUUUUAGCAUCCGCACCCUAUUUUAGUGUAUAUGAAUGUAAUAGCCAAUGGUAGACAUUUUUUCCUCCUACAUCUACUGGCACCGUUUCCAAAGCGGAACUUGGAGACGUUUUAUUUACUGAGACAAAGAUAAAAAAUCAUACAGAGGAUGUCUACUGGAUUGCAUCUUGAGACGGUAAACAAGUAUGAUACGUAAGGCGGACGCCCAUUUAAAUUCUCCUCACCUUAACCGUUAUAUGACCCCUCUUAUAUAUCUUGAAUCGUAUAUAAGUCUAAAUGACUUGGAUUUAUGACAGCAAGGGAUUGCCGGGAUCUAGGCAACAGAGUUUGUGGCACAGUGAAAGUUGAAGUGUUUAACGAGGACAACAGUUCGAAUCUCCCAUGCCAAAGUGAAACUUCAACCAGUGACAGACGACGAAAAUGGCCGUGUAGAGUUUUAACUGUUAAAACAGCUAGGUAUAUUUGAGAAAAAGACAGUCAAGCACGUUGGACAGAGUAUCAAUUUUAUUCAUCUCCCAUCAACAUUCCAGUGGUUGCAUCUUAAAGUUGUAAGUGCUGAUAUUGCCUACCCUAAGCCAAGAAUAGGAUAUCAGUCAUUGCCUUAUAAAGUUAUAUUUUAUAGGAAUUGAUGCAGAUCCUUACAUGAAUGAUUUGAAAAAUGAUCGAAUCUAUAACAUGUAUGACACUUUAGUGUAAAACUGCCUCCUUCAAACUACUGUGCAAGACCCAGACUUUCAAGUAGAGAGAAAAAGAGAAACUGUGACUAAAAUGGAUCCCAAGCAACAAGUGUCUUUCCUUUGGAACCUCCAGGAGCCUUAUAAGCCUUCUAAGGCGGACUUAGAGGUAGCAGAGCAAUGGACAGAACUUGACUGGUCCUAUUUAGACUUGCAGAUCCUUCCCAUGACGAUGCCUUUGUGCACGAGGCUGAAGGUCUUCGACAUAAGCGGUAAUAAUCUGGAGAGCCUACACGCGGUUGCCUUUAAGUUGAAAACUUUGGAAGAUUUAGAUCUGAGCGCCAAUAAAAUUACCGAGGUUCACAGCUCUUUAAGCAUGCUCACCGGUCUGAAAGAGUUGAAUCUCUCCAGUAAUUAUCUAACAGCGUUUCCCGUGUCAAUCCGUGAGCUAGUCAAUAUGGAAGUGCUAUACCUGAGCCAUAACAAGAUCAAAGAAAUCCCGGGUGAAAUCAGCAGUUUAGUCAAACUGAAAACAUUCUACAUCAAUUCUAACAGUCUUACACAUCUUCCAUUUGAACUGGAAGAAAUUUCGAGUCUACGCUUUAUUAAUGCCAAAAACAACCCCCUUAUACAGCCACCGACCGCCGUCUGUGAUUCCGGAAGUGACGCAAUUCUGCGCUAUCUUCGCAACGCACGUGAAAAGGCGGUGAGAGCAUGUCGUCUGCAGCUCAACAUCCUAGGAGAGGUUUGCGCGGGAAAAAGCAGUCUCGUUAAAUCACUAACAACCGAGAAACCCCACCUCACAGCAGAAGAGGACCGAACUUGCGUCCUAGACCAACUUUUAUGGGAAGAAGAAGAUGUGACGUUUAAUAUUAAUGAUUUCGGUGGCCACGAGAUCUACAGGGUUGUUCAUAAUUUCUUCCUUGCCAAAGAUGGGUUGACGUUAUUAGUUUUUAACAUCGCGCUGUACGAAACGAGCAAUUUCCACGCACUUAUUGGACAGUGGAUCGAAACGCUCUGCAUGCGCGUUCCAGAGGCAAUGAUUGCCCUUGUUGGCACGCAUAUUGACGAAUGCGGCCGUGAGGUAGCAGAGAGUAAAAGCCAGGACGUACUGGAACGUGCAGACAAGUUUAUUCAGGAAAAGACGGGAGAAAGGAACACGAAGGAGAAGAUACAAAUUGUGGUUCAAAAAACCUUUCCAGAUGCAAUUACUGAAAAAGAAACCAAAAGAAGGAGGCAGUUCGGCAUAUACUUGGUUGAUCAGAUAUUUUUAGUUAGUUCUAAAAAUCUUGAGGGAUUCGACCUGUUGAAAGAAAAACUUAUCCAGGUUGCUAAAACCAAAGCUCUUAUCUUACCGCAGUCUUGGCUUGCCGUCUCGAAGUUCGUUCAGAAAGCCAAAUCUGAACGUACUGACUGUAACUGCUUGUCGGUGCAGGAACUCUCUCGCGAAUAUUCGUCCAUAAUCCGAAAGUCAUCAGAAAAGGUAAAGAAAGCUGGCGCUUCUCGUAGAGAAAACCAAGAGAAAGUAGGACGGUCUAAAACUACCAAAGACAUUAAACCGAAAAAGCCAAGUUUCUUUUCACACACCCUCCAAAAACUACAGAGAGCGUUUUCGCCGAGGCAAGCCAAAACGGCACAAGCCUCUUCAAAGAGCACUACUGAAAAUCAAGAUGAGCCUUCUGACGAGACAGAGGCAGAAGACAUCCAACUGCAGAUGAUUCUGGACACCCUCCAUUUCCUACGUAAGACCGGCGAGGUAUUAUGGUUUCCAGAAAAUUCCUUCCUUCUGAACAUUGUGUUUCACAACCAGGACGUCGUGAUAGACCUCCUGAAGGCCGUGUUCCGCCACGACAUGGAGGAUGAACUGCAGUACGACAAGGCGCCUUUCAGAACGGAAUACACCCAUCCUCGCUUUAUCAACGAACGCGAAGACCUUCUCAAGCGCGGGAUUCUCUCUCGGAAGAUGAUCGCCUGCCUGUGGGAGAAAUUUGGCCUCAAGAACACCGAGAUCGAUGCCAUGAUUGAAUUAAUGCUGAAAUUUGAUUUAUGCUAUGACGUUUCCGUCCAAGAAACAGAGGAAGAAGUGGACUCCACGCGUGCCUCUCAUUUCCAUAUCCCGUGGUUGCUACGGGAGACCAGACCAGGUGACGUCAUGCUUCAGUGGCCCGCUUCACUUCCGUCCGACCACGUGCAACUUACGCUGGAAUACCACUUCCAAAACAGCUGCCCCAUUGGUCUUUACGAAAUGGCCGCUGUACGUCUCCACCGGUACCUUGGCCCAUUCAAGACGACCCGCAUUGACUGGACGGACGGCGUCGUGGCUCAAGUGGGACAGGGCUUCUUAAAUAUGGAGAGAAGAGAGACUGCCACCGGCGGUUUAAUAAUGGUCGCAAUAAGAGGAAAGAACGUGAGCGACUUGUGGCCUCACACUGUGAAACUCCAUGACGAGAUGGUAGAGAUUUUGGAACAGGAGUGCCCUGGUUCUAGGUGUGAUGCCUAUUUGGUGUGUCCACACUGUGUAGCGGCUGGGUUUCAAGAUCCCACACUAUUUCCAGCGGAAGUCCUUACGAGCCCCCCGCCAAUGACUCUCUCAGUGGUGCCAUGUCUCCGUUCAGCCAAUGGCAAAGUUCCUGCAUAUUUAGUUUAUCCUAAUGCUCAGGACCAAGGUAUCAUGACGGCCGAUCAUCGGCGAGCUCUGAGGGCCCAUCGCGUUCGACUCGUGGAAGACAUCUCUAGCCCGUCAGCGCUGGAUAUCUUGAAUCGCUUGUACGCAGCCGCCAUUAUUACGGAGAGGGAAAUGGUCACAAUGCGAUCGGCAGACUUGAAAUACGACAUGGUGGAGGUGCUUUUGGAUAUUCUUCCGGGAAAGGGUGACCGCGCAUUUGGGGAAUUUGUUACUGGUUUGGAGUGCUGUGGCUAUGGGGACAUUGCCAGGCUAUUGAAAUACCAGUUUAAGUUUUGAAUGGUAUCUACUGGAACAGAUGUGUAA